AUGAACCCCAACUACGCAAGCAUCGUUCCUCCUGCGGACGAGAUAUCGAUUGAACAUGCCCAGGUGAUCAUAGUGGGCGCAGGCCCCGUGGGCUUGUUGGCCGCGUUGAAAUUGGCGCAAGGUGGCAUUGAUGUUCUGCUUCUCGAAGCAGACAAACAGGUCCUUCAGAGUCCUCGCGCAACCACCUACAUGCCUAUAGUGCUGAAUGAGCUAGAGAAAGUCGGCCUCUUUCCUGACAUUGAAAAGGCCGGCCAUAAGAACAAGGAAGGGAUCAUCUUCCGCAAGUCACACGCCAAGGGCGGCGAAACGCUCGCUCAGCUCAAGAUGGCCCAAGUCCCUAAAGGUUCUGUGAAGUACGACUUCGCAGGCAUUCACCUCGGGCAACAGACUCUGGCAGAGAUCAUCCUCUCUCAUUGCGAGAAGCAGAAGACGUUCAGAAUUCGCUGGGGUCAUCGAUUUGUAGGCGUCAAACAGUCCGGCGAAGCGGACCCUGUUUCCGUCACGUGUGUCGGACCUGUGGGCGAGAAGUUUUUCAGCUGCGACUACCUCAUUGCCGCCGAUGGAGCAGGGAGUGCGGUUCGGCGCUCUCUAUGCAUUCCGUUCGAAGGCUUCACGUGGCAGGACUUCCGUUUCGUGGCGUCCAAUGUCAAGUAUGACUUUGAGGGGUAUGGAGGCUUCACGACGGCGAAUAUGAUAGUCGAUGAGGAGGACUGGGCUGUGAUUGCUCGAACGGGCCCUGAUGAUGCCCCCUGGCGCGUUGCGUUCGGAGUUAGGACCGACAUCCCCGAGGCGGACAUACUCAAGCAGCUCCCUGCGAAGUACGAGCGACUUUUACCAGGACCGAGACCUCUAAAGUAUGAGCUUGUAAGCGCGAAUCCGUACUGGGCUCACCAGAGAGUUGCCGCAACCUUCAAGGUCGGCAAGGUAUUGCUUUGCGGCGAUGCAGGACAUUCCAACAAUCCCAUUGGAGGACUCGGCCUUACCACCGGUCUUCUCGACGCCGCAGCCAUCGCUAACUGCUUCUUACGCAUCUACAACCACAAUGAGUCCGCCGAUGCUUUGCUCGAGAGGUACGCUAAGGUGCGAAGGGAUGCCUGGAUCAAUUACACCAACCCGCAAUCCAUCGACUUCAAACUCCGUGUUCAUUCGUUCCACCCGGAGGUGCAAGCAGCGCGCGAUGGUUUCUUCAAUGCAUUGAACACCGACCCAUCGAUGCACCUGAAGAUGGCUACUAUGAUGAACGAAGUCAUCGAGGAUGAGUUUGCCCAGCCGGAGUUGAACGGUCUGCCGGGCACGGAAGCAAAUGAUGUUAUCGAAGGCUCUAAGAGUGGCAAGGAUUGA